ACAUGACCCAUGCAUCACUCACCAUUCAAAUUAAAGCCAUACAAAAAUCAUCAAGCCUCUACGUACUCUCCCCUAUAAUCUCUCCCCACCGCCCAAAUUAAUUAAGUUAAUUAAUCUUUCCCCAGUUUAGUCAUUUACCGCCACCAUCCCGAUGGCGCCCACGGUCUCGACCCUGAUGGCACUGGCGGAGGAGCCGACCCUGUGGCCAAGCUUCGUGCGGGAUGAGGAUGAGCGACCCACUGUUGCCUACAACGAGUUCAGCAAUGAGAUCCCGGUCAUCUCCCUUAAGGGGAUUGAUGACGAGGAUGGGCCUGCUAGGGCUGAGAUCUGCCGGAAGAUCGUGGAGGCGUGCGAGGACUGGGGGAUAUUCCAGGUGGUUGACCAUGGGGUGGACGCGAAGCUCGUGCAGGACAUGACGAGGCUUGCAAGGGAGUUCUUUGCUCUCCCUGCCGAGGAGAAGCUCCGGUUCGAUAUGUCUGGCGGGAAGAAGGGCGGGUUCAUUGUCUCCAGCCACCUCCAGGGAGAGGCGGUCCAAGACUGGCGCGAGAUCGUGACAUACUUCUCUUAUCCCAUCCGUGCUCGAGACUACUCUAGGUGGCCCGACAAGCCCGAGGGCUGGAAAUCCGUGACCAUGGAGUAUAGCGAGAAGCUGAUGGGCCUAGCUUGUAAGCUGCUGGAGGUCCUUUCGGAGGCCAUGGGGCUCGAGAAGGAGGCGCUGACCAAGGCCUGCGUGGACAUGGACCAGAAGGUGGUCGUGAACUACUAUCCAAAGUGCCCACAACCUGACCUGACCCUCGGGCUCAAGCGCCACACUGACCCUGGGACGAUCACCCUCCUACUCCAGGACCAAGUGGGUGGGCUCCAGGCCACCCGGGAUGGUGGGAAGACGUGGAUCACGGUCCAGCCUGUUGAGGGGGCCUUCGUGGUGAAUCUCGGUGAUCAUGGCCAUUAUCUGAGCAACGGGAGGUUUAAGAAUGCCGAUCACCAGGCGGUUGUGAACUCAAACUGCAGCAGGCUAUCCAUCGCCACGUUCCAGAACCCAGCGCCAGAGGCCAUAGUCUACCCCCUCAAGGUCAGGGAGGGAGAGAAGCCGAUCCUCGAGGAGCCGAUCACUUUUGCAGAGAUGUACAGGAGGAAGAUGAGUAAGGACCUCGAGCUAGCGAGGCUAAAGAAGCUGGCCAAGGAGCAGGAGCUUAAGGACUUGGAGAAGGCCAAGCUUGAUGCCAAGCCUCUGGAACAGAUCUUAGCUUAGGUUUUAAUGCAAUAAGUAAAUCUUUACUCCAUGCAAUAUCUGAAUUUCCUCUGGGGAGGUUUCUGUUUGAUUUAAUUUGGAUUGGGGGCUUCUGUUCUGGCUUUGUGAUGGUGAACUCUUUCGGUGGUUUGCCCUAAGUUCCAUUAAACCCGUGAAUUAAUGAUAUAUAAGAAAUAAAUCGUUCAUGCCUUCUGAAUA